GUUGUAGUUAGUAUUUCUAAUGUUCGGCAGCGAGCCGGACUUUUUUGGCUCUUUCCAUGGAGUUGGGCUUCUUAUAGAACCCUCCUCCAACGGCGGAGGCUAUAACCACAACUACGACAAUAACGUUGGGGACUUCAAUGCUAAUGCUACUGAGAGAAUUCCCAUGUGCGGUCCGCAACUAGCGGGAAAUCUACCUCUGCUGCCACAGCGUGCGAUGGUCGGCUCGCGAAGGGCUCUUGAUAUUGUUGAUGAUGGGUUGCAAGAUGAAGUACUAUAUCGUCGUAGUAGUUCCAUCACACUUCCAAGGGACUCAUCACCGUAUACGUUGGCGAAGCGAGCGGAGAACGCACGAGAUUAUAAGAGGGCAUUAUAUUGGCAUACUCAGUGCAUUGAGCAAGGAAUUAGGGCCGCUAGUGCAGUGAUGGAUGUCGCGGGUCUUUUUAACAAGUUUGGAAAAAAGGCGGAGGCGUUGACGUUUAUGGCCCAGUACAAGCACUUGGUGCCGAAGGAUCGUUAUCAAGGUUUCCGAAGGUUGUACGAACGGGUGGAAUACGAUCUUAAUCGUCCAGCUCAAGUAGCUCCAAGAAUGCUGAUGGUCACUUUGCUGCCCUCGGAAAGCAUUCGAGAUAGUGGCAUGGAAUUAGGGGACCCACCACAGUGGUACUCAGCUGAUGCGAUAGCAUAUUUAGGAAAAUUGGAAAAGGGUCCCUUGAAUGUGAAGUUACUUGAUCGCCUCUUCCCCAACCCUGAGAAGAUUGAGUACCUGGCGAUUUGUGAGGCAGAUCCCGACACAGGUGCCCAAGUGGCGUAUGUGCAAUUUGAAAGUCAAAGCUCGGCAAGGAAGGCGAUGGUAACUGAGAAAGUCCUUUGUAACAUUCUCGUAACGUGGCCCGACAAGAUGGCUUCAAUGUUGCCGCCUCCGGAGGAUGCUGUCACGGACAAGCAUGUUGUACAGGAUUCUGAGCGCUGUAUUACGUCCCCAUUUGAACCCUCUUUGGUGGUGUAUAGAGUCCCUGCUGGAUGGGCUCCUCAAGUUCCCGAGGCUGAGCCGGAUGAGAUGGACCUGCGUCGCACGAAUUCCGUGAGAGAGGAUAACACUCCAUCAAGAUUGGCAUCAUCAUCAACUACGCCGUGCAGUGAGAAGUUAACUGAUGUAUCUCGAGCUGAUUUGGUUGACCUGAGGAGCACAUCUGCAGGAGGGCUGAUAACAGAAAGGGUGAGAAGAGAUCCAUCGUCAGUAGCACAGAGCCGUACAUUGCCGUCUCGGGGGAGUGAUACCGCUGGACAGGGAUGGGCUCUGCAGUUCACGCAGAAGAUGAUAUGCAUCAACAGGAUGUUGGAAGGGAUCCCAAUGGCCAGUUCCCAAACCCAAGGAAUAAUCCUGGCAGAGACGUACGAGUCUGUUGGCAGAUUUGAUGCGGCCUUCAAGAUAUACGCUGAUACGGCGAUACUUGCUGGUGUCCAAUCUCAGCAACAACUAGGGGAAAAUUAUGAGGUCGUGGACUGCGUCAUAAGAUGUGCUGUAAUAGCAGCUAUUUGGGGUGGCAGUUUCGAAACAGGUUGUCGAAUAUUGGAUUGUGUACUUUCAGCUCAUCCGUCUUUGGAGUUCUUGUCGAAAACGGCGAAUAAUCUGGCUUCGCUUAUGAGCCAGACCGUGGAGGCGAUGACGGGAGAACUCGAGCAUGAUGAUAAUGAUCAUCAUCAUCAUCAGCAUUCAUGAUCAUUAUAGAAUCGUUCAGCACUACUUUUUCAAACAUCAUCCGCAUCCUCCUAUUGUUCUUCACUGGUGACCAUCGAAACAUUCAGCCGCAGCAUUUUUCCCUAACUUCAUCAUCAUUACUGAUGAAAAAUGAUCCCAAAUUAUCCUUGGAUCGUUUGCUCCUUUGGUAGGGAAAGUGUGUGCUGUAGUGUAUUAUUAUUAUCACAGCGGACAAGUUCAGCGCUUCGGCGGUCCUCAGCGGAACAAGUCCGACUUUUUUUGGUUGAAUGUGGAUGAAUUUCCGUCCAUUUCGAUAGCACAGGCGCAGUGAUAUUCUUCUUAUUUUCUUCUUCUUAUUCUUUUUACUGCGUUUAUGUAGUAGUUGUUGUUGUCGUAUCUGUGUAAAAUGUAUUCCAUUCGACUCUAGAUACGUAGCAUCUUCCAUGUCUGCUGGCAUCUUUCCGAUGCCGCUGAUUUUGGUUGAUCUUGUGGAGAUCACUAAUCAUUCGAGAGCCCACCCACAACGCUUCAUUCGGGCACAA